AUGGAUGAGAUCGCCCCCGAGUACGACGUGGUGGUGCUCGGCACUGGCUUGACCGAAUGUGUGCUGUCCGGUGUCCUGAGUGUCAAGGGUAACAAGGUCCUUCACAUCGACCGCAAUGAUCAUUACGGAGGAGAGGCAGCCUCCGUCAACAUUGAGACUCUGUUCAAGAAGUACGGCAACGUUCGCCCCGGAGAGGAGCCUUGGAAGAAGUACGGGAGGGUCAACGACUGGAACAUCGAUUUGGUCCCGAAGCUGCUGAUGGCAAAUGGCGAGUUGACCAACAUUCUGGUCUCGACCGACGUCACGAGAUACCUGGAGUUUAAGCAGAUCGCUGGCAGCUAUGUCCAGCAAGGCAAGGGCCCCAAGGCGACCGUGGCUAAGGUGCCCUCGGAUGCUGGCGAAGCUCUUCGCUCUUCUCUGAUGGGUCUUUUCGAGAAGAGGCGCGCGAAGAAGUUCCUUGAGUGGGUUGGCGCGUUCAAGGAGGAUGACCCUGCUACUCACCAGGGUCUGAACGUGAGCUCCUGCACCAUGAAGGAUGUUUACGAUAAGUUCGGUCUUGAGGAUAACACCCGCGAUUUCGUUGGCCACUCCAUGGCUCUUUACCCCUCGGACGAGUACAUCAACCAGUCCGGCCAGGCCGUUGAGACUAUCAACCGCAUCCGUCUCUAUGUCAACUCCAUGGCUCGGUACGGCAAGUCGCCCUACAUCUACCCUCUCUACGGUCUCGGUGAACUCCCGCAGGGCUUUGCUCGCUUGUCUGCCAUCUACGGUGGUACCUACAUGCUGAACACCGAUAUCGACGAGGUUCUUUACGAUGGCGGCAAGGUCUCCGGUAUCAAGGCCACCAUGAAGGACCGUGAUGACCAGUCUACUGCUAUGAAGUUCGAGACCAAGACUAAGAAAAUCAUUGCCGACCCCUCCUACUUCCCCGGCAAGGUUAAGGUUAGCGGAUACCUGCUGAAGGCUAUCUGUAUCCUGAAGCACCCCAUCGACAAGACCGACGGCAGCGACUCUCUGCAGUUGAUCAUCCCUCAGUCCCAGGUUGGACGCAAGCACGAUAUCUACAUUGCCAUGGUUUCGGCUGCUCACAACGUCUGCCCCAAGGGCUACUACAUUGCGAUCGUCUCGACCAUUGCCGAGAAUGAUGCUAACCACCAUAUCGAGCUUGAGCCUGGUUUCGAGCGCCUCGGUGAGAUCGAGGAGAAGUUCAUGGGCCCUGCCAUUCCGCUCUACGAGCCCCUGGACAGUGGCGAUAAGGACAACAUCUUCAUUUCGAAGAGCUACGACUCGUCAUCUCACUUCGAGACCACCACCGAGGAUGUGCGGGACAUGUACCGCCGCGCCACCGGUGAGGAGCUCGUUGUUGAGGGACUACGGGAGGACCAGCAGCUUGCACAGGAGUAA